AUGGAAGGAGGGGGUGCACCGGAAACGGUUGCCGAAACGGCCGUGCGAGAGGAACACGAGAUGGCUUCAGACCCACAACUAUCUCUGGGAGCAGAAGGGUCUGUGUCGAGACUCCAGGCAUCAAAGUCGGAGCUGGAGUCACCGAGUUCGACCGCACAACUGCCCGCGCAAACCACUGAGCGGGUGCCACGUGGCAGCUCGCAAGCUCCACACGUGGACAGCGGGGUGGAAGUUCCCACCAGCAGCGGGCCCUCGACGCCCGCAAACAACCGCUACUCCCUACCCCGUAGCCGGCCGACGUCUCCCGUCCCCAGCUUGAAGAACUUCGAUUCCAUCCGCCCGAGCUCGCCCCACCGACCCGAUUCUCCGUCAGAACCCAGCCGAACCGUUUUAGAAAAGGCCUCCGGCUCCCCGCGCACAAACUCUCCGUUCCUCCAGAAAGCCCAGAGCUUUGGCCGCGCGAACGUCUCGGCGAAGCGGAUCAGUUCGAUGCUAGUUGAGAAACGGGGUCCCUCGGCCUUACGGGCAGAUUACGAAGACGACCAAGUCUCGCCGCGCGCGUUUGAAGUGAAGCCGUUAGCGGAUACGGAUGGAUUGUGUGCGGUGCUGUAUCAUUACCUGUGGAGGAAAACGAGCAAGGCGAAGGGAUGUCCUGGGCUGAGUCUGCCCGAUACGAUCGUUUAUCGGUACCGGCAGCCGAUGCACUGGUUCUUCACGAGCGUGCACGAUGGGCAGUUGAUGAAGAAGAACCGGUCCAACGUGCUGAACCGCCUCAUCUUCGAGUCGCUGACCAAGUCGCGCGGUCGCGUUUCGGACAUUGUCGCAUGCCACUUGUACACGGACGACGAGUUGGGAGACCGGACAAAGCGUCCGAAUGAGCAAGUCACACACGUCGAGUUUUUUGACGAAGCGGGGCUCAAGAACUUCCUGUUCCACGGCGAGAAGCAGAUGCACGGUGUCCUGCAGCGGUUCGUCGAGUCGAAGGGCGACCGCAACACGUUGAUACAAGCCAUGUGGUCGCCGCAAGUGUGCCUUCUCGAGCGGCGGAUCAACCUGCGGCGCAUCACAGACCCAAUGAACGAACUGCACGAGAAGGCGGUCACGUUCGAGGGUGGGGAGCAAUUUAGCGAGUCCCUUGCGGUUCCGGCGGACGCGCUCGCGACGGAGGUGCAGCGUAUCUGCAAGCACAUUGUGGAGCACAUCGCGGAGACGUCGUCGGGGCAGUCCCUCAUCUCGCGCAUGGUGCUGCACUUCAAAGUGGACGCCAAGAACAAGAUCUGGCUCCUCUGGUGCAGCUCAAUCCGUCUGUUCCGGGGGCCUAAAAUCGGGCGGCACGUGACCCCCCUGAAUCUGGACCCCCCCUUCCAAGUCAAGAGCGCCGCAGACGCUGAGAAAAGCUCGAAGCACGGGGGAUCCCUUGGUUCGGGGGGGCUCUGGUUCGUGUGUCCCGGAUGCGGCGAGACUUACGCCAGCGACAGGAAGUGUGACGUCACCUACAAGGCGGUCAUCUACCACUGGCAGAAGACGUGUGCUUCUCCCGGGCGAAACUCCAUUCCCUCGGUCAUUGCCAAAACCAAUUCUGGGCUCUCGGAAGCCCGGUACGCCAUCCUCCAAGAGCACCCGGUCUUCCUGUACAAGACCGUUCCGCUCUGCGAGUCGUGCUGCACGGAACGGAACAACGCGAUGCUAGCGGAAUUGGCCGCGGUGAAUCCCGCUAGCGACCAGGGGGAAGCGCCCCUUGGGGGCCGUCGGUUGGGAAUACCAAGCCUGGCGGGAGCAUUCAGAAAGCUGGGAACGAAUAAGGGCUCCGCGAGCACUGCUCGCGCGCGCAUGCCCGCGACUUCGCGCCCCGCGCCAAAGCCAGCCGCGGCGGCCGCGCUUCGGCCGCGCCCGCGGUCGGCUUUCGCAUCCAUGAAGCGGAGUGCAAGCGGAACGAAAAAUGUGGACGAAGCCUCAGGUGCAGACGCGCCCAAACCAGAAAUGCAAGCGGAAAGAACGGAAGAGCGGAAAGAAGAAAGUGGGGCCGGAGAGAGUCGGAAAGACGAACUGGAUGGAGAGAUGGAGGACGGAACUAGAUCGGAGGACACUGGAAUCGCCAAGGGAAGAGAUGGGAUGGAUGUAGGAAGCGGAACCUCAGUACUAGUACAAGAAGAAAGCGGAGGGCAGAGUUCGGUAAAGAAGAAAGGGGAUGUGACGGACCGGCAUUUGAAGGACGGAACGGAAACGGAAGUCAGUGAGAGAGAGGAUGGCGUGGGUCGUGGAGCAGAGGCGAGAGAAAUGACGUCAGCCGAGGCGACAGGACAGUUCCGACAGCAGACAGACGCGUCGCCACCAGAAACUACUGCCGGCGGAAUGCGGAGGACUUCUGAGCGGAAUGGUGGGGACACGGAACGGAAAAUUAGCUCGAACUGCGCAGAGACGACUGGCGGUGGAAAGGGAUUGGGAAACUUGGCUGCGGAAAGCGGAGCCAGCUGCCCGGGUUCCGCUCGAGGAAAACGGAACGUUACGGAUGCCCACGUUGUCAAACGAUCCGGGGAAAAGAAGAGCGACGCGAACGGAACUCAGCAGCGGAAACCGAGCGGAACGAGUGGGCGGAAAGAGGGGACGAGCAAAGCCGCUGACGGCUCCGCCGUAGAUCGAGCCAGGGCUGUGUACUCCAAAAAGAUCACCCCGCUCUGGGCCGUUCCGAAGACGUGA